ACUUUAAAGUUUUUAUUGUUAAUCUGAUAAAUUAAACCGUAAUGUACGUGUCCACUUCAUUUCCUUGUUUUCUACUUUAAAGAGAGGUUUUAUUCAAUAUAGGAACAUUUGAACGGUCUCCUAAGGUAGGACGGACAUUUUGUUGCGUUGCGCACAUGACGGUCUUCCGUGAAUGCUGCUAGUACGGGGUAACAAUCAUGCAUCGAAAGUUAAUUACUUCAUACCAAUGUUAUAAAUUGCUCCUUUCUGGCCGUCACAUCAAUCAACUUUCACAAAAAUCCGUAUUGAAGUCAUCGCUGAUCGGCCAUAGCCGAUUCCUCAGCUCCAGCCAGUCCUCUGAGGGUGAUGGAGGCUCGCGAACAUCUCCUGCGACGGCCGAUGGCCAGAGCCAAUCAGAGGUCAAGGAAUCUAAAGAUGCAGUGAGGAAGGAGGUCAAAGAGGUAAAGAGAGAUGACCAGCUCCAUGCAGCAGUGGUAGGAGAACCGGUAGGAGAACCCCAGCUCCAUGCAACAGCAGUAGAGGAACCCCAGCUCCAUGCAACAGCGGUAGGAGAACCAGUAGGAGAACCACAGCUCAAGGCAGCAGCGGUAGGAGAAUCGGUAGGGGAAACCCAGCUCCAUGCAACAGCGGUAGGAGAACCACAGGUCCAGGCAGCAGCAGUAGGAGAACCAGUAGGAGAACCCCAGCUCCAGGCAGCAGUGGUAGGAGAACCAGCAGGAGAACCCCAGCUCCAGGCAGCAGCGGUAGGAGAACCACAGGUCCAGGCAGCAGCGGUAGGAGAACCAGUAGGAGAACCCGAGCUUCAGGCAGCAGCAGUAGGAGAACCACAGGUCCAGGCAGCAGCGGUAGGAGAACCCCAGCUCCAGGCAGCAGCGGUAGGAGAACCACAGGUCCAGGCAGCAGCGGAACCGGUAGGAGAACCUCAGCUCCGUGAUGCAGCCAUAGGGGAACUGGUAGGACAACCUCAGGUCCAGGCAGCCGCGGAACUGUUAGGAGAACCCCAGCUCCGUGAUGCAGCGGCGAUGGCAGCUGUGUCUCAGAUUGCCAUGGAGGCGGCAUGCAACAUGGCCGCCACUCUUCAGGCAGAGAGCAGCCCAGCCUCAGCGCAGGAGAGGGAGGCAAAAGGAGGGAAGAAAAGUCUCCUGGAGUUACUGGGUGCCAUGAAGGUUGACGUGACGACCAAGCGGAAAGUCAGGACCCCACGUCCUCUUCAGUCAGAGCAGCCAAUGAAGAGCAAGACCAAGCCAACAAUACCUGUUGCCAGGGACACAACCAAGGGUAUGUUUCAGGAGGCCUCAGCAGCAGCAGCAGCAGCAGCAGCAGUGGAGGAGAAUGUGGAGAAGUACACUGUUAACCUUUUAUUAUCAAGAGAGCAAACUCAUUUUUCAUUUUCAUUGUCCAUUUUAAUUCAUAGCAACAUCAUUGCUGAUAUGAAGGUGGGUAGACGAGCCAAUGGACGCCUCGAUGCUCGACCAUCCAAUCAGAUCCGUUUUGAUGAGGAUGGACGGGGCUACACACAUGAUAGAGGCAUCACCAGUGAACUGGAUGGAGUUCGACGCAGAAAGAGUGGCUUCACUGGUAGGCGGUUAAAUGUCUUCACCACAAAGCCUGAGGAUUCACCAGCUGUUGAUGCAGGCCUGUCGCUAUGGGACCUUGAUUUGGGCAAUCGCAUAGCCAUGGCAACCAAUCAGCUUCCACGGAACGGCUUUGAAGAGAUGCUGCUCUGGACUAAGCAGGGAACAUUUUGGCAGUAUCCAAUCAACAAUGAGGCUGGUCUGGAAGAAGAGUCGUCUGUACCGUUUCAUGAGCACGUUUUCAUGGAGAAGCACCUCUCAGAAGGGUUUCCCUCACAGGGACCGGUACGUCACUUCAUGGAACUGGUGGUCGCUGGACUGGCCAAGAACCCCUACCUAACAGCCAAUCAGAAGCAAGAGCACAUAGCCUGGUUCCGAGGUUACUUCCAGGAAAAGCAGGGGGUUCUGGAGGAGGCAGAGGUGUACAACAGCUGAGGAACCUUAAGGGAGAACCUGGGGAACCUUAAUGCAACACAGAUUCAAGGAUUAGACGUUUAGUGUUUGAAGUGGUUGCAUCCAGCCAUGUACCAGGUAUCAAUAAGGGGAAGACAAAAACAGGUUAAAGUCUAACCAAACUUGGAGAAAAGGCAGAUGAAUGGCGACACACACCAAAACAUAUGGGAGAACUUUUAAAUAUGGGAAACAAAAUACAAGUAACAAAAAGCUUUUACGUUGGACAAUUUCCAGCAGUGUAAAUAUGUAUUGGUACAUGACUCCUCCUGCUCACAUGAAUAAGAUGCACACAUGUAUCAACCACACGGUCAUGUUCAUUUCAGAGCCCAGAAAAUCAACUAAUCUAUUAGUUUCCCAUGUUCUGGUGUGAGCGGCUGUACGUGUCUGUAACCAUAAUAAGAUGCAUUGACCUUGAGAUAUGCUCAGCAUGUGUAUGUACAUUUCUGUUCUCAUGUAGGCCAAUGUUGAUACUUGAACUACUUUGUACAUUGAACAGGUCUAACCCCCCCCCAAUAAAUGUGUGACUUCUGUUUGGAAAGUUUUUGGCGGUUACAAUGAAUCCAAAUAAAUAUAAUUAUUUUUCACCCUGA